AUGGACAAAGCCUCCUUUGUCGCCUUUGCAUGCAGCCGCUUAUCUACAUUUUCUAUCAGUGAUACAGACCCUAGCCGCAUCUUGUCUAACAUUGAUGAGGAAGACUCAGCGGGUUCUACUGCUUUGGUUUUUGCUGUCGGUCACAGACCAUUGGAGAACCCAGCAAAAGAGUGUAAAAAAAUUGGACCACUGUCUAUCGACAAAGGAUCCAACAUCAACGCAGUUGAUCACAUAUUGCAUAGCGCCGCCCGGUACGGUCAUGCGGACAUCGCCAACCUCCUAGUGGACGUAGGAUCAAAUCUAGAAGUGCACGAUGCGACGUCCAGUCUUUACUCUCUGGUCGCAGCCCCGGACAGCGACGGUUGUGGAGUGUUACAUUACAAUGCGAACGAGGGGAAUGCGGACCUUGUCUCUUACCUCCUCGAUGCCGGGAGCAUGCGACCUUCCCACGAAGGAGAAGGGCUGGACAACUCUGCACCUGGCCGCGACAGAGGAGACAAUGGUCGCGUCACAGCUCUUGGUCUUGCAGCAGCACAAGGAUUUCUCGACAUCACUGGGAUUCUGUUUAGAGGCGGAGCGUCCGUGGACCCGCACACAGGGCAGGCUAAUCCCGCACUGCUCGGAGUGUCAGCAAUUGACAAAGCAGAGGCUGUGAACGCCCUCCUUGGGCUUGGCUGUCCUGUUUCUGUUGUUGAUCAGGAGAAUGGAGUGAAUGCACCACCUGUUGCUGCCCUAUACAACAUGGCUGAAACAGCGAAAGGAUUGAUUCGUGCACAUAUUCCUCUGAACGAAACUGAUAAAAAAACAGUGGACGGCUGUACACUUUCACGCAAAGGUUUCGCUCCCAUCGUGAAGAUAUUGUUGGAAGAGGGUGCGAAUGUAAACGCCCAGGGGAAUAUGAACGAAACACCACUUCAAUUAGCUGAUUUUAUUCGAACAUCUGGAUUGCGUGAGUCUUUUUUGAAGGCUGGGGCAAAUGUCAACGCCGCGGACUCGAAACACCAGACGACCCUGUACUAUACCGCUAGCAACAAGAAUCCCGAGAUCUUGAGAAAGCUGGUGGGAUAUGGUGCGGAUUUUAAAUUCAAAACAACGUAUGAUAGCGAGGCGGUUCACCUAGCCACAGCCAUGGGAUCGGAUGAAGCCAUCGAGAUAUUGCGCGACCACGGAGCCUCGAUCAAUGCUGUCGACAAUUUAUCGAUACCUCCCCUGCACGUGGUCCUUGCCAACGGCCACAUCUCUUCAGCAAAGACAAUCCUGGUGCACAACCCUGACGUCAAUGUAAAGAAAAGAGCUAAGGCGGGAAUCCUUCCCAUCCACGACGCCGCUGAGAGGGGUGACGUUGAGGAGGUCGAGAAAUCAUGA